AUGUCAACACUCAACAUUGAGUAUUUUGAUAGACUCAUUGUCACUGUGAAACAAGCCAAUGAUAUUGUUCCGAUGGAUGAUAAUGGCUUCUCGGAUCCAUACAUGAUCAUCACAUAUGGUGGUGUCUCUCUCAUUUCCUCUGUCAAAUUAAAAACAUUAAAUCCAAUUUAUAAUGAAACAUUUAUUUGGAUCUUGGAUACUCAAUUUCAAAAUAGGAAUUUAAAAUAUUUGAAAACAUUGCAACACAAUAAUAUUGAGAAUACUAAAAUUGUACACAAGAAACAUUUACACUCUCGAAAUAAUUCUCUCAUUCCAUGUGCGUUUUUCAUUUCCAAUCCAAAUGUUGAUUUGACAAGUCAUCUUCAUUCCAAUCGAAAGAGUGGUCAUGAUGACACUCGUAUUAAGAAUCUUUCUAAACAUGUAUCACCAAAUAUUUUAAAUCAGAAUGUUCGUUCAUCAUCCAAUAAUCAUUCGAAUAGUUCUGUUUCAACCAUUUCUUCUUCAUGUGUGAAUGAAAUUCAAUUACAACACAUCAAAAAUUCACAUUACAAAAUUCCAAAUCAUCAAGUGAAAUUAGAAAAUUCUAAAUACAUGACAUCCCUGAUGAAUGAAAAUAUUUAUGUUAUUAAUACUCAACAAUUGGAUGAAGUGAAAUUUCAAGUAUGGGAUAAGGAUUUUUUAGGAGAUGAUGAUUUCUGUGGAAGUGCUGAAUUGAGUGCGAGUAGUAUUUUGAAUAGUGACAAUUCUAAAUUCACUCUAAAAUUGAAACAUGUGAAAAGUGGUGAAUUGAUUUUAACAGCUCAAUUUAAAUUCUCUUCCUUGUGUGAUUAUCCCAAUGAUGACUCUAUUGAUCAUCAUAUUCCCAUUGCAUCAGGAAAUGACUUGAAGACUCUUGACGACUCGAGUAAUUCAACAAUUUCACUCGAAAACGUUCAUUCAACACUCAUUUCAAGUUCCAAUUAUCAAAAAAGUGAAUUUAUCAAAUAUAUUGGAAAUCUCACCUAUCCUUUGGGAUGGAAAUUGGAGAAAAUUGAUGAAAUGAGAGUUUUGUGUCGAUCACCAACAGAGCUCUUUGACGAAUAUCAUCGUUAUGACUUUUUCAAAAUUGAAUUAGAAGUUGGAUUACUCGAUAUGAGAGAAGUCUAUGUGACGAGUAGUGGAAAAUAUAAGAAUUUUACAGAAAUUCCACUCGAGAGCUCCUCAAAAUUAGGAUAUCACUAUUAUACCUUUUUAUUUCAAUAUGAAGAGUCUGGAAAUAAGCUAUUUCAAUAUGUAUGUGUGAUCGAUAUUGGAAGUGCUUGUGCCAUUGUAGUUCGAUACAUUUCUAACUGUGCCUUGAAAAAUCAACAUCUCGUUCAUCAAGUGGUGGCCAAUUCUGAACUUGUCAAAGGCUCUCAAAUGUUUAAUGUGAUCUAUUGGGAUGUUUUUGAACAGUUAUGGGUGAGAGUUCCAUUUGGAUGGCAGAAUGAUCAUUUUGACUCUGGAGAAGGUAAAAUUGUGGUGUUUCAUAGUCCUCUCGAAUUGAGGGAAAGUGAGAAGAAUCUUCAAAGCACCUCUUCACAAAAGACACAUCUUGAAGAGAAUGGAAAACAUCAGGUAGAUUCACCUGUUGUGGAUCGAUUCGAAUUGACCCUACUCACACAAUCUUCGCAUGACAUGUCUCAACAAGAUGUUUCAGAGUUUGUGAAAAGCUUGAUCGUUGAGGAAGGAGUCGAGAUUAUGAGCGAAUGGAAACCUUUUGAUCAAACACUGAACCACGAACAUUCAGAAGAAGACAGUUUUGAUCCUUCACUUGUUCAUCCGAGCAAGAAUGAACCAAGCUCAACCCUUGUUCACAAGAACUACCUUCAAAUAAGGUAUAAUACGGCAGUUUCUGACCUCUCUAGAAACAGUUCUCCGCUUACUAUUUACGAAUUGGUCAUGAUUAUUCACAGAGUGGAUCGAUUUGAGCACAAUCAUGGACAGCAACACUGUGUUUGGAUGUUCUCGUACAAGUCUUCCAUUAAACGUGGAGAGGUGUAUCACGAUUUGUUUUUUGAAAUGGCAAGAGAAAUGAAAUUUCCAUCAGUGGAAGCAUCUCAAUGA